UGGGCUGAAGAACUGGUCCUGCAGGUCCACCCGGCCGGCCAGAGGGCGUUCGUUGCAAGCAGGUUUGAAAUUUCCCAGCGCAUUGCUGUCUCUGAAAGCAAGAACACAGUGGAGGGAGACGACCAAACGAAGCAAAUUGUGGUGGUUGCCGGAACGGCGUUGUUUGGGUGGCGCGGCAAUGUCGAUGGGGACUGACAGCACUUGGGUUGGGAAGAAACCGCUGCGGCGCAUCGGCGGCAUGUCCGACGCCCUCUCCAUCGCUUCGGAUCUCGGCUUCUCCGUUGCCGCUCCUCAUACUCAGGAAGAGCUUCAGAACUUGUCCAGUGGUACUGGUGAAAAGGGUGAUGACUUGAUAAAGGUUCUAAGGGACCUUACCUCUGUACAGAGAAAAAUAACCGAUCUGCAAGUUGAACUCCAAGGGAGAAAGGAUGAUAAAAACGUAGCACAUUUGACACAUGCGAGUGAAAUGGAGAAGAAGUGCGAAACUUUAGCAAGGAUCACUACCAUUUAAGAUGUAAUUCAAAAUAAGGAUCGCAUCAUAGCCCGUCUUCAACAACCAUAUUCACUCGAUUGCAUUCCAGUAGAAGCAGAGUAUCAGAAACAGUUCUCUGAAUUAUUGAUGAAGGCUGCUGGUGAUUAUGGGGCCUUGACAGCAUCAGUUGCAGAUUUCCAGUGGAGUCAGACAUUUAAGGAGCCUCCUUCUGUUUGGGGGGAAAUGCUUCGUCCAAUUCCUGUGGCCUUAGCAUCAUGCACCCGGUUCUUUGAAGCAAUGUCUGCCAUGAGGGAAUCAUUUUCAACACUUCAGCAUCUCAGAGUUGGUCAUACUGAUGCGUCAUCACCUAUAACACCAGGCAAGGAUUCUUCCCGAAGAAUACCAGGUGAUUCCGAAUGCGUCACUCCACCUCCUUGGAGAAGUGAACCAAGCUUUGAUGACUUAGCUAUCAGAAGCUCAAGGAAGCCUGAAGUCGAGCAUCAAGAAUCAGAGGAUGAAAACAGUGGGGUGGAUGGAGCUAGCCACCGGAGAUUGUCAUGGCCUCCGUCAGUUAAAAACAACGGUGUUUAGUCAGACUGAUAUUCGUUGCCUGUGACUCAGUGUAUGUGUUUGUGUGAAAUAGUCAUUGUAAUAGGCCUCUGCAAAAAAAAAAAAAAAAAAUUGUGUGGAAAUGUUUUGAGUUAAUCCCGCCAAACUUAUGUUCUUUUCGUAGGAUUUGAUCGGCAUUUUUGUAUCACGAGCAGAUUUCGUUGGGUUUUAACAAUUGUCGUUAAUGAGAUUUGAGCUCGAGAAGUGGAGGUUGAGUGUUGAGUGUCGAUAAACCAAAUGAUCAUGUGAGGAUCUUGUUAUUCUUUGACCUUGUAAAAAUGAGAUAUUCAGAAGUCA